UUAAAACAGAUGCAGAUUUUUCUAUACACACACGAAAAAAAUGAGUUAUGAAUAUUGAACCAGAGCCUGCAGAAAUAUUUAAUGGCUCCGGGAUUACCCAUAAGGCGGUGCGUUUAAAAUUUCGCUGGCGCUGAAGAACCGAACAGAUGCGCAGGCGUCAGGGCUAAUGACGUCGCAAAGCAUGACGCAUGCGCAUGGUACACAGAAGGCCUUGGAAAUAGCGUCUGCAGGUUACAAAUCACAAGGAAUUUCUCUACGGAAAUCUAAAACACAACACACCAGUUUUGCUGUCUCUGUCCAGGUAUUUAAGAAGUGGAGCAAGGGAUUCACUCGAUCAUCAUUCCCGCUCAGACUGCGGAGAGAGAUUCACUCUAUGAUCUGACCAACUGCCACGGCUGUCAUUUUGAACAGGCGAUUCCCAUUCAUCUGCUCAGACAGUGGGAAUGGAUUCAGAUGAACAUUUCAACUGAAGGGACAUCAAUAAGUUCACACUGGGACAAGGCCAUUCACCUGUUCUGUGUGUGAGAAGGGAUUCAGUUGGUCUUCCCACCUGUUGACACACCAGUCAGUUCACACUGGGCAGAGGCUGGUCAUCUGCUGAAUUUGUGUGGAAGGUUUUACUCGGUCAUCUGACCAAAUGGUUCACCAGCGAGUCCACACUGAGGAGAGGCUGUUCACCUGCUCAGACUCUGGGAAGGGAUUCACUAAGUCAUCUAAACUGAAGCUACAUCAGAGAGUUCACACUGGGGAGAGACCGUUUACCUGCUCGGACUGUGGAAAAGGAUUCACUGGCUCAUACCAACUGAAAGUACAUCAAAGAAUUCACACUGGAGAGAGGCCAUUCACCUGCUCAGACUGUGGGAAGGGAUUCACUUGCUCAUAUAAACUGAAGGUACAUCAGCGAGUUCACACUGGAGAGAGGCCAUACACCUGCUCAGACUGUGGGAAGGGAUUCACUUGCUCAUCUAAACUGAAGGUACAUCAGCGAGUUCACACUGGAGAGAGGCCAUUCACCUGCUCAGACUGUGGGAAGGGAUUCACUUGCUCAUCUAAACUGAAGGUACAUCAGCGAGUUCACACUGGAGAGAGGCCAUUCACCUGCUCAGACUGUGGGAAGGGAUUCACUCAGUCAUCCCACCUACAAGCACACAAGUCAGUUCACACUGGGGAGAGGCUGUUUACCUGCUCAUACUGUGGGGAGGGAUUCACUUUGUCAUGGCAGCUACUGAGACACCAGUCUGUUCACACUGGGGCGUGGCCAUUCAUCUGCUCAGUGUGUGGGAAGGGAUUCACUCAGUCAUCCACGCUAAUGGCUCACCAGCGAGUUCACACUGGGGAGCGGCCAUUCACCUGCUCCGUCUGUGGGAAGGGAUUCACUUGCUCAACUGACCUGAAGGUACAUCAGAGAGUUCACACUGGGGAACGGCCAUUCAGAUGCUCAGACUGUGGGAAGGGAUUCACUCGGUCAUCUCACCUAACGGUUCAUCAGCGCGCUCACACAGGGGAGCGGCCAUUCACCUGCUCAGACUGUGGGAAGAGAUUUACUCAUUCAUCCCACCUAUUGGCACACCAGCGAGUUCACACAGGGGAGCGGCCAUUCACCUGUUCAGACUGUGGUAAGGGAUUCACUCGGUCAUCUCAACUGAAGGUGCAUCAGCGAGUUCACACUGGAGAGAGGCCAUACACCUGCUCAGACUGUGGGAAAAGAUUCACUCAGUCAUCUCAAGUGAAGGUACAUCAGAGAGUUCACACUGUGGAACGACCGUUCACCUGCUUAGACUGUGGGAAGGGAUUCACUCUGUCAUCUAAACUGAAGGUACAUCAGCGAGUUCACACUGGGGAGAAGCCAUACACCUGCUCAGUCUGUGGGGAGGGAUUCACUUUGUCAUCGCAGCUACUGAGACACCAGUCUGUUCACACUAGCGAGAGGCCAUUCAACUGCUCAGUGUGUGGGAAGGGAUUCACUCAGUCAUCCACCCUAAUGGCUCACCAGAGAGUUCACACUGGGGAGCGGCCGUUCACCUGCUCGGACUGUAGGAAGGGAUUCACUUGUUCAACUGACCUGAAGGUCCAUCAGAGAGUUCACACUGGGGAACGGCGGUUCAGAUGCUCAGACUGUGGGAAGGGAUUCACUCGGUCAUCACACCUAAUGGUUCAUCAGCGAAUUCACACCGGGGAGAGGCCAUUCACCUGCUCAGAGUGUGGGAAAGGAUUCACUCAGUCACACCACCUACAAAAACACUGGUCAGUUCACACUGGGGAGAAGCCAUUCACAGACUCAAGCCUGAAUUAUACCUCUGUGUAGACGCUACAGUGUAUCAUACACAGUAGCCCACGCAAGUGGCCUAUGCCAUUGUGUGCAUUUUUCAUUGUGAGUUCGUGUGUCUGUGUUGCCCUGGCAAAACGCUAGUCGGCAUUGGGGUUCUAUGCUACUGUGUUGAAUUGACUCGUGGAGUUGGGAAUGAUGGCGACUGCUGAGUUCAUCUUGUUGGAUUUGGAGCUAAUAGAUGCUGAAUAAGAGUUAUUGAAAUCACUGCAGCGCAGAAAAGAGAGAAGUUUUUCCAUUUCUUUGUGCAGUCCGUGACGUCCAAACUGAUGUUUGUGGAAACUUCUUUGCACAAAUUUCAUACCAUUUGCAAGUCUUUAUAAUAUACCAAUGAAGAGUCGUACAAAUGUAGAUAUUUUCUGACUUCCUGACUUAACCUCUCCUCGAUUUGGUCCAUUUUCCCAACUUUGAAGCAACAGGAAAUCUCUAGGAGGAAAUGUGCUGUUACCAAGCAGACCAAUCACAGUUCUCGCAGUCUGUGACACACAGUUACAUUUUCGUAAGGUGUGCUUUAGGCUACGGCGUACGGUAUGGCCUAGAGUGCCGUGUCGGGUACGCAGCUACGCGGAGCGUACGGUGAAGCAUAAUCCAGGCUUCAGUGUGUGGGAAGUGAUUCACUCCGACAUCUGAACUGCAGAGACACCAGUGAGCUCACACUGGGGAGAGGCCGAUCUCAUGCUCAGACGUUGGGAAGAUAUUCCCUCAGCAAAAUCAACUUAAUGUGCAUCAUUGAGUUCACACUGGGGAGAGACCGUUCACCUGCUGUGUAUUUCAGAAGCGAUUCACUCAGUAAUCUAACCCUGUGCAACUCUUACUUCGGCUAGCAGCUAAAUAUAGGGGGUGAUAUCCCCCAGCCCGGCCAAACUUAAGAAAUCUUGUUUGGGUGGAUGCUGUGUGACGUAUCCCCUGUUACAAAUCAGUACCCCCGCAGUAACAAACGAUACACAAUAUGUGAUUAAACGACUGAGAUGUACAAUUCUUACUUUGACUAGAUGGUUAGUGAAGUAAUGAAAAAGAAAGAAAAAGAGCCCACUCUCUCUUCUUCCCAUCUCUCCCCAGCAAAAGGCCAUGAAAAUCUCUCUACCAGACUCACAAGAAAGAACAUUUCUGUCAUUGGAUAGCCCCACACUCCAAAACCCUGUUAUCGCUAGUCGUACCCUAAACAUUGCUGCUGCAGGGAAGCCAUUAACUCAGCAGGGAAACAUUGCAGAGAGUCCACUGCAUCAGCAGUGAAACCUUACAGUGCAUUACACUUGUGACACACUACCGGGUGCACACUGGGGAGAAAGUUUCAAUGAGUUGCAUGCUGCAUAUUUGUCCAUCACCGUUGCUGUGUUACGUACCCCGUAACUGGGUGUCUGACCAGCAAAGAUAGAAGAAUCCGUUGGAGUCUGGGGGUACUAUUUUCAAACAUUGUUUAUUAGUAAAAUAUACAAAUCAAUAUCAAUAAUGCAAAUAUAUAGAUAAUACACGUUAGCAAUACUAAAUCUAAAAGUGUGGGUCUAAUAAUAAUCAAUAAUAAACAAGCUCUAUCGAUGUCUAGGGGAUAAUGAAUUGUCAUAUGUGAAUAUAAAGUUCAGUUCAGUUCAUACGUGCUGAGGUAGUUGUUGGUUCUUGUGUUUUAAUCGUUGGAGAGAGAAAGAGAGAGCGAGCGAACAGUGACAGCUACAGUCAGUCAAACCUUCCUUUACGUUCUCGAUCCGUGAAUGUGUUGUGGCCAUUCAGGUAUGACCCCUCUGUCCGACCAUUCUUCUGUGGUGGACUCAUCACCCAGGCAAGGGUGGACACACACACAAGCCCCCACCGGCCCUGUGAGUUAAACUGACCGAUUCUUUGUUCGGUCCCCGAUGCCCCACACCUUCUUGUGGGUUCCAACACUCAAGCAGUGCUCACUAGUGUGUCUCCUGGUGUGUCUGAGGGGUAUCUCCCCAGACCUCAAUUUUAUCCCUACUCACGGAGUCUCAGGUGCCAAUCAGUUUUGAAUGGCUUAGUCCAUCAAACCAGCCCACUCCAGCUGUUCACUGAAGAAUUUUAAUGAACAGAAUAGUACCAAGUAAACAGCCCUCUCCGGAGCCAUAAGUCUUGCAGGAGUCAUAAUAUGGUGGAACAACAAGUCUCUCACUCCCGGUGUUGUCUCUCCCUUAUCUGAAGCAAAUGUUCCAGUCCCAGUAUGUUUUCCCUUUGUCUCUCUUUCUCUCUCAUUAGCAGCGUGGUAACAAUAACAGUUUGUGAUUUUCCCCGGCAGGUGGGGGGACAUGGGCAACUCUGCACCCUUCUGCCCAUCAGAGCUGUUCAUCCUUCGUAGCAGUUGUCGGUGCUGAACUGCAAUUAUUGCUGCUGCUCACCACACCCAGGUCUGCACCCUGGUCACAGGGCAUGGGAGGAGUUUCAUCUGCUGCAUAUUCAUCUUUAAUGGGACUAGAUCUGUGACAAAUAAAUCAGUUGUAUUUUAAACACUGUCUCCGGUACUUAGUGAAUUUAUAACACACCUAGUUGUACAGUAGAGAGUCAACUCAGGCCGGCUGGACCUGAUUCUGUUCCACAACAGAGCUUUCAAAUCUUCCCCUGUUGUCCACCUCUGUGGUGAUGGGUUCCAAAUUGUCAUCGCUCUGGGUGAAGAAGUUUCCCUUGAAUUUCCUGCAGACUGAAGAAGUCGAGCUGACUGUAGUUCUGUCUGAGAUUUUCUUCGCCUCUCAAAUCUCUGGCUGUGGAAGAAUGACUUUGGGAGUUAACGUCCUUAUUCAGGGCUCAUUUGUCACCAUCUCGUCUGCUCAGAUCGUUAGGAUGUCUCCCAUGGAGGGUCAUACUCAUUCCACUGGUUAAUGUUUUCUUCCAGAGUGAUGAUUUAUUUUUCUGAGUUGGCCUCUCAUGUACGUGUUUCUGGUCUGUAUUUCUUAUCACGAUUGCAUAUACACACAUGGAGUGCUGAAUCCUGUUCAUAUUUGACGAAAAUAUAUACGAGGGGUGAUUGAUAUAUUCGUGGCCUCGGGUGGAAGGGGGCAAUUUUGGAAAACUGGCACAUUUAUUUUUCAACGUGGUCCCGUCCUACAUUUACACACUUAGUCCAGCAGUGGCUUGCAAAGGUUUGGGCACCCCUGGUCAAAAUUUCUGUUAC